CAGUCUGUUCCGUUCGAUCGCACAAUGUCGCUAAAAUCUCUACAACUUACCGCGCUGCUAGCUGCGCUACUCGUCCCGUUCGCCGCGACCGACGAUCCGCCGGCGAACGUCACGGACAGUGCCGACGAUGACUCCAACAUGAUCGUGGGCGGUGCUAAGGUGAACAUCGAGGAGGUCCCAUAUCAGGUGGCGCUGUUUCGCGGAGAUAGUUUAAACUGCGGUGGAACCAUCAUAGGACCACGGUGGAUCCUCUCGUCCUACCAUUGCGUGCAGGAUCUCGAUCCAGCCAACCACGCCGUGGUGGUCGGUACCGACAAACCGUGGCAGGGCGCACGGAUUCCGGUGAAAAACAUCGUCGUACCGUCGGAGCUGUUCGAUGGUGCUCUGUACGAUGUAGCGAUGCUGCAGCUGGCCCAAAGUUUGCACUACGACGAAACGGUGCAGUGUCUUAGGCUGCUACGGUCGCCGGAUGCACUUGUGCCGGGGAAGCCGGCCACCAUAUCGGGAUUUGGUGCAACGCGUGAAAACAAUCUUGAUUCGCCGUUGAAGGCGGCCACCGUUAGCUUGCUGGCGGUGGACAAGUGCGCCAAAGCUUACCCGGACCUAAUGCAGGAGCAGAUGAUCUGUGCCGGGUUCGAGAAGGGCGGGGUGGACAGUUGCCAGGGUGAUUCGGGUGGACCGCUCGUGGUGGAUGGGAAGCUGGCAGGGAUCGUUUUCUUCGGACGUGGCUGUGCCAGGCCGAACUCACCCGGGGUGUAUAUGUCUGUGCCGUUUUUCUACGAUUGGAUCAUGAACGUUGCGCGCAGUCAGAAACUCCGGGACGAUAGGAAGAUUUGUGGAGAGUUCACCGAAAAUUAUACAUAGGACAGACAUGCUAGGAGAUAUUCUUCGAGAUGUAUCGUUUGGAGUUCUUCAGAAUGUUCCCUGAGGUCCGUUUUAGCUCUGUAAGGUAAUUUAGUACUAAGAACUAGAAAAUAAAGGUUAUGUAUUCUAUGCGAAAAAA